AUGCAGAAGACUACCAGCUCGUUGGCUACUAUGAGAGGAGUUCUGGUUCUCAUUCUGGUCAUCUGCUUGGUCGAAUGCACCACGGAGCAGAGAAUAGACAAUAGAGGUAGUAAAGCUUCGAAUCUUAUACAGAAAGUCAACGGGUGGCGCAGUCAACGCGGAGCUCAUGGCAAGAGGUCUGGCAAAGCACCUUCUUCUGCUCCAGAUUGGUACAUCACCAGAAUCCUUCGACGAAUGGCUGCUAACAGUGAACUGAAUAACUCCAGGGACCUUGACUCUCGUACUACUGGCGACAUCUAUCAAGCAAAUAUGGAAGAUUUACCUAACAAGUUCGUGAUUGAUGCCGAAGUGAAUUCAGAUAUUGCUACAAAGCAGGCGGCCAAACCUAUGCUAGACGACGACCUGCUCUCCAAUAUGAAAUUCUGGCAAAUGAUGAAGGCAGCCUCAGAAGACAACUAA